AUGUUUAAAUAUAUUAUAAUAGUUAUUUUUAUGUGUGUCAAUAUUAAUGGUCAGUCGAACAAAGACCUUUACAAUGGACAAUAUAAUAAUGAGUAUUAUAACACACGACAAGGCGGUUCAAGAGAAUCAAACCUCCCAAAACCUGGUGAUAGUAAUUAUAGAACCUAUGUGUAUAAAAAUAGAAGAUAUGGUGCAGAUCCAAGCCGCUAUAAUCCUUACAACCCCAACAUAAAUCAACCUGGAGGAUUUCCAUACAAUCCACUUAAUACAGACCCUUUAGAUGAUCAAUUUAAAUACAACACUAAUAGGGACCCAAACAAUCCAGAUGCUUUAUUUCCUGGUGUCUUAGGAGGAUGGAGGGAAGAUUUACAAGGAAAAGAGAGGAGGGACUCCAAACAAUUGAAAAGAGAUAUCUUUGUCAAUACCAACUAUGGCCAGGUUCAAGGGUUUAAGGUAUACUUAUAUGACAAUCCUGAUCCGAACUCUGGUUAUCGGCCAUGGUUGACUCCUGUAGAGAGGAUACAGGGAGAAGUGUCAGUGUUCUUGGGCAUACCCUAUGCUAGACCACCAGUGUUAGAAGGCAGAUUCAAGCCACCGAGGCAGCACCCUGGCUGGCAACUGAUGCAGGCCGUAGACUGGGGCCCUGCCUGUCCUCAGCCCGUGCGAUUCACCGGUGCUACUAAAGGCAUUCGCGAUAUGGACGAGGACUGCCUCUAUCUCAACAUAUUCUCGCCUAAUACCGAGGCUGGAAGCACAGCACAGAAGUACCCAGUAAUGGUGUAUAUCCACGGUGGCCAAUUCUCCUCAGGAGCUUCUAACCUCUUCCCUGGGCAUAUGUUAGCGGCCUUCUACAAUGUCGUCGUUGUGUCUAUAAACUACAGGCUCGGUGCUCUAGGCUUCUUAUCCACUGCGGACGAAAACUCCCCCGGGAACUACGGCGUGCUCGACCAGAUAAUGGCGCUGCGUUGGAUCCGGGAUAACAUCGAGCCGUUCAAUGGUGACUCGGGCUCCAUAACUCUGUUCGGUCCCGGUGCUGGAGCUGCAUCCGCUGGUCUGCUGGCCCUCGCGCCGCAGACCAGCCACAUCGUGUCCAAGGUCAUCGCUCAGAGUGGGUCAGCUCUAGCGGAUUGGGCGCUGAUAGAAGAUAAGUACCGGGUACAGAACACCUCGCUCGUGUUUGGUCGUCUACUGGGCUGCCCCAUCGACUCAUCCUGGAAACUGGUGAACUGCCUCCGACAAGGCAGGAGUUUCUAUGAACUGGGAAAUGCCGAGUUUCAGCCACACGUGGGCUUCAUCCCGUGGGGUCCAGUGCUGGAGAACAACUUCACUUUCCCGGGAGACCAGUGGUACGAGGGCUGGCGCGAGCGAGACUGGCAUUUCCUGCAGGACAGGCCUGAAGAACUGAUCCUUAAACGACAGUUCAAUCCAGCCUUAAGGUACAUGACCGGAGUCACCACACAGGAGGCUGCUUAUGUGCUCUAUAAUAAUGAAAGCCUGGCCCCGACGUACGAGAUCAGCGAGGACUGGUUCAACAAGAAGGUGUGGGAGCUCGUGCAGCGGUACAAUUACACACUGAACCCGCGCGGCGUGUACGAAGCUAUCCGCUACAUGUACACCUACCACCCCGAACCACACAACACUAGUGCCAUCAGGGACCAAUACAUACAUCUGCUGUCGGAUUUCCUGUACCGUGCGCCGACGGACAAGAUGGUGAAGCUGCUGCUGGAGCAGAAGGUGCCGGUUUACAUGUACGUGCUGAACACCACCAUCGAGGCUUUCCGCUGGCCCGCCUGGCGCCGCUACCCUCACGAUGCAGAGCACCUGCUGCUGUGCGGCGCUCCCUUCAUGGACCACGAGUUCUUCCCGCGGAGGAUGCGCGUCGACCGCCAGGCCUGGACCCCCAACGACAGGAACAUGAGCCACUUCUUCAUGAAGACGUAUUCGGAUUUCGCCAGAUUCGGGAACCCCACACGGUCACGAGUCUUAGGCAUCCACUUCGAAAUGGCGGAGGCUGGGCAGCUGCGCUACUUGAACCUCAACACGACAUUCAACUCGAGCAUACAACUCAACUACAGACAGACGGAGCUCGCCUUCUGGACCGUGUACCUGCCAACCGUUAUCGGUAGACUUGUGCCUACCUACCCACCAUUCACCGAAUACUGGUGGGAACCAAAGCAACCUCUCCAGAUCGCCUUCUGGUCUGUCUCAAGCGCUUGCCUCCUGCUUUUGGUUUUCCUAGUUGUUUGCUGUAUGCUUUGGAGGAAUGCUAAGAGGGAGACUGACCGCUUCUAUAACGGCGACAUCUUCAUGGUCCCGGAACUGGAGGCGUCGGGCAUAGACAACACGACUCGUUCCCGGGACAACAUAUACGAGUACCGCGACGUGCCGAUUAAACGGCCACAUACGCCACAGACUUUAACGAGAUCGAUAAGCCAGCCGCAAACGCUGCAAUCGUCCCGGGCGCCGUCGGAGACGUCGGGGUCGGCGCAGUCGCUGCGGGGCGGCGCGGCGCGCGCGCCCGAGCCCGUGCCGCGCGCGCGCUCGCGCACGCAGCUCGUGCACGGCGUGCCGCAGACCACCGUCUGA